GCCGCGGCCAGAGGCCGAAGCCCAGGAGCACCCAUUCUCCCUGCUCUCCCAGGUGGGGCUCUGAGAUGGAGUCUGGGAGCAGAACCUGGGGUCCCCCCAGGAUGCCUGACAGCCACAAACGGGGUGCUUGGUGGGAGGUGACUGGCCCUCACAGGCCCUCACGGAGCUGUGAAUGGGCAGGAAGACCUGGGGGGUGGGUCUGGUAGCCCGAGGUUCACCCCCAGCCACACCCAUGAGCCUCAGCGGCAGGAGACCACCCCUUCCUGUGCCGUGUUUGUCUCCUCGCCUGCGCAUGCCCACCUGGUUGGGUGAUGGCGGGAGGUCCGCUCUCAGCACACACCCACUGACUAAUGUCUAGACCCCAGGCGGGGGCCGCAGCAGGUGGGUGAGGUUGCCGGGCUGCGGCGCGUUGAGAUGCAGUCAGACCCACAGGCAGGAAGUGAGGUGGGGAGCUCUGCCGAGAGCUGCAGAAAGGCACACUCCUUGGGGUGCCGAGCCGCCCGGCUUGCCCCAGACAGGGCUGACGAGGUACCACUGUGCCCAUGGCCUUGGCUGGUGCAGGACUUCACAGGAUGGGGCCACAGAUGUCCUCGGCCCCAGCCACCCUCUGGGUCCUAGGGUGCCUGGCCCUGGUCCUUUGGCUCUGGGUGCUGUGCACAGGCUGCCACAGGAAGCAGGCGCGGAGGCAGCAGUCAGAGCUGCAGGGCAGCGUGAUGCAGUCACUGCCAUUGCUGAGGCCACCGCACCUCUGCUCCCUCAGCAAAUCGGACACCAGAUUGCAUGAGCUAUGCCGGAGCCCUCCAGGCUGCAGGGCUCCACGGCCUGUCAGCAUGGAUCUCUUGCGCCUGCAAUGUUUGGAGGGGUCCAGAGGCACCACCAGGCCCCAGGCAGCCUUCUCACAGCGGGAACUGCCCCGGCCCGGGCCUGCUCCCUCUGCCACCCAGCCCUCCAUCAGCCAUGAGGCCACCUAUUCCAACGUGGGGCUGGCUGCGAUCCCCAGGGCCAGCCUGGCAGCCAGCCCUGUCGUGUGGGCAGGAGCACGGCUGACCAGAAGCUGUGCCAGACCUGGGCCUGAGGCCAGGUCCGUGGUGGCUGAGUAUGCUUGCAUCCAGAAGCUCAAGGGAGCAGGUCUGGGGCCCCAAGGCCUGGAGCAGGGGAGGGCCGAGGGGACCCCAGCCAUUCAGGUGGACAUCCUGUACUCCAGGGUCAACAAGCAGAAAAGGAGAGACCCAGAACCUGCCACAGACCAGCAGGACCUCAGGGACGGGGGAGUGAGUCUGACUCGGGGGAGCAACCUGGCCUGUGAGGCCCCCCCACUCAGGGGCCUGAGUGUGGACAAGGGCCUCCUGGAAAACGUGUAUGAGAGCAUCCAGGAAAUGCGGGCCCCUGAGCGCCAGGAACCCCCCAAAUGUAGCUAUUAGCAUGAGCAGACAUGAAGGCCUCCUGCUUCCCCCCUACCCCUCAGCCUAGGGAGGCGACUCCAUUCCCUCCCUGCCCUGAACACCAAGUACAGAUGUUCCUGCAGUGUGGGGCCUGGCCCCCACCACACGCACAGCUGGCAGCACAAAUCCCAGAUCCCAGGGCCGCCCGUCUUGAGGGCCCUAGCUGCCUGGCCUCUCCCAGCCACGUCUUAAUAAAUCCCCAGCUCAGUGAAGAUGGACACAUCGCGCCUCACAGCCAUCUCUUCUUGAAAGCCUGAGGGGUGGGGUUGUCUGGAAGGAGUAAAGACACCCUCUUACCUCGGGCGCAAGCGCUCUCCCUCCUUGGGUGCCUGGGCCUUGUCACCUGAGGCCACAGGCCCUCGGUCAGACUCAAAGACCGCAGGGAGUGGGGCAGGCCUAGGGGUGGUGGUCCCCAGGCCCAAUCGGUUCUAUACGGCAGUGCCGCCGCCGGCAGGGUGGCCGCCCUAGGGUGGGACUUGGACCCUGAACGCCAAAGGAGGGCUCCACCAUCCAGCCCCUGGGUUACAUAAGGGGUGGGGGUGGUGGGUAGUCGUGCGUUAAAGAAUAACCU